ACGCACAAAGAGCUCAACACUCCUUGUAGAUACCCAUCGCAGGACGAAGGCAAAGCUCGGAGCAGCUCUGUCGGAAUUUUUAAAGGAUAAAUUGGAAUUCUCUCAAAAUCACAGGAAAAAUGCACGCCAGAUUUGCAGAUCCCGAGCCCGCGUCUUCGGACAGUGAAGAUGGAAUCGCAACGGAGUCGCUGGAGGCCAGAAUCGAGGCGUUUAAGCAGAGUCCCCAGAACAUGGCUGCUCUGCGGGAGGUGCUUGACGAUGUGGUCCUGCGGGCUGAGACGGAGGCCAAUAGGCGAGCAGUUGAGAACCAGAAAUCGCAACAGGGCAAGGAAAAGCGCCAGAGUUUCGCCAUACCAGAUUUUAAGAACGGCAAGGUGGUGAACCGGGCCAGAGGAUUUGUGGUGCGGAUCUUCGAUGCCAUAUGCAAUUGUGCCAACAACAAUGCGGCGGCGGCCACGACGCGAUUUAAACUGAGGAGCAACAGCGGCGGAGGAGGAGCCAGCGGAAACGGAAAACGACAGCAGUCCCAGGACGAGCCGGAAACCCUGGUUUUGACCAAGAAGAAGCCAGCCGGCGAGGGAAAAAAAAAGAAAGGCGUUAGCAUGGCCGACGAUGUGCAAGCCGGCGUUCGACUGAUGGACUAAGGAAGCAAUACAACAUGAUGGUUGAUCCUGCAAUGGGAAAACAUAAUCAAAAUCUUUACCAAUCCAUCCCCAAACACAGAACUUACAUCAGCAAUCGUUUUCUGUCAUCCUAAAAGCAUUUUCUUUGCUCAAACGUCUAAAGCACUAAACCAAACUCCAAGUCUUCCUCUGAAGACCAAAAAUAAUCGUUUAAGAUAACGAGCUGUGUCUGACCUUUUGUAUUCGUUUUGCGGAGUCAUAAAAUGUUGAAAAGUUCUGAAAAUUUUAGGAUAUGUUAUUAUAACAGGCAUAAAAUCGUGUUCCCCGCUUAUAAACGAAUGUGUUGAACUCGAUAAUACACUAAGAUCCGAGGUAUAAGUAUGACACAUUUUUUUUUGGAAAAAUAUUUAACUUUUGAUAAAGACUUGUAAAAAGUUUUUAAAAUUCUUUCUCCGGCAAGCGAAAAUAGGGCGGAUAGGAAAGACUUAGCUCUGUACUCUAUGAUUUCAUAAACCUAAAUGUGAUCCCAGACGGAAAUGUAAGCAAAAGAACUCUAAGCACAAAGAACUUAUAGACUAGUUAGAGAAGGAGAACGGAAGGAAAAUCGUAUAGGAUAUACACUCUCAUACAUUCGAUGCCAUCCCACGCACAACACAAUCAACGGCAUUACACAAUCCCAAGCGGAACCAAUGCCAAGCUUAACAACUGGCCUGUCAAUCUCCACCUAAUUAUAACUACGAUAUAUCAAAUUAUAUACCUAUUCGUGUAUACCUAGGUGUGUACCACCAACCUAUUUAGAUGUGUGUGUAGUAGUUACAAAAUAUUUCCAAACCAGCUAACAAAAGGUUCAAUAUACAAGCAUCAAUGUGUACUGAUUUUAUAUACAAUGUACUAACUACUAUAUACGUGUGGACAGUCCUAGAAUCUUAGUUGUUUACACAAACACUUUCUAAACGCAGCACAGGUUUCCUCAAACAUCCUCAUCAAUGUCACCAACUAAAUCCACAACACACGCUCUAAUCGGAUAUAUUUUUGUGAGGCCCUUUUUGAGAGAUCUAUAAAGACACUAUUCUAUACCAAGUCCCAAUUUUAUGAAAUCGAAUACGAUGAAUACAUUGCUAACGAGAGAACUUUGUACACACAUUUGCAAGGCAACCAUUUUGUAUAAGGUUUUGCAUUUAUUUUGUAACCUUUAGAACUCAAAGAUCUCCCUAAGUUUGAAUGCGUUGCUAAGCCAAUUGAGUAUUUAUAAAUUACAAAAUGUAUAAGUGUGCAUAAUGCGAAUAUAAAACUGUUGUAUUUAGUUAACAAUAUCAGCAAUAAAGUGUAACAAUGUUUGAAAUCAAAA